AUGAAGCACUGUGUUAUCCACCAAUUCAAGAGAGCGCACGUCGUCAACUCUCGGUCGACUGCUCGGCUCUCACUUGCCUUGCCUGUAGGACGACGAAGUUACUCGACGCAUCCCCCCAAUGCCAGGCUAAACCUGCCCGUCGACUACGGCACGACGCCCCUCCUCGCGCAUAGCUCUCAGACAGCUCUAAGUCACAAGGAGCUUCCUGAGAAUAUUCGUAAUGGUCCGACAAAGAAGAUGAACCUAUUCCAAGCCAUAAACGAUGCUAUGGGUAUCUCUCUUGCCGAGGACGAAUCCGUCGUCAUUUUCGGAGAGGAUGUCGCAUUUGGUGGUGUCUUCAGAUGUACUAUGAACUUGGCUGAAACCCAUGGUGCCGAGAGAGUAUUCAACACUCCUCUCACAGAGCAAGGCAUUAUGGGUUUCGGUAUUGGUCUUGCUGCUGAGGGAAUGCGGCCUAUUGCCGAAAUCCAGUUUGCCGACUAUGUCUACCCAGCAUUUGACCAAUUGGUUAACGAGGCAGCCAAGUUCAGGUAUCGCGAUGGAUCCUGCGGCCGCAGUGUUGGUGGCUUAACUGUUCGAAUGCCCUGCGGUGGUGUCGGUCAUGGUGCUCUCUACCAUUCACAAUCUCCCGAGAGUUUGUUUACACAUAUUCCCGGACUGAAAGUUAUAAUGCCAAGGUCACCUGCCCAAGCCAAAGGUCUUCUCUUGGCAGCUAUCCGUAGCAACGACCCCUGUGUUUUCAUGGAACCCAAGAUCCUAUACCGCGCGGCUGUCGAACAAGUACCCACUGGAUCAUACGAACUCCCGUUAUCAAAAGCCGAAAUUCUGAAGGAGGGCAAGGAUGUCACCAUUGUUUCCUAUGGCCAACCUCUGUACCUUUGCUACAACGCUAUCAAGCAGGCAGAGCAGGACCUAGGUAUUUCCAUUGAGUUGAUCGAUCUGCGAACUUUAUACCCAUGGGAUAAGCAGACUGUUCUCCAGAGUGUCCGUAAGACAGGCCGAGUUAUGGUUGUCCACGAGGCUAUGGUAAACGCAGGUAUUGGUGCUGAAGUUGCCGCUACUAUUCAAGAGGACCACGACACUUUCUUGAGAUUGGAGGCACCUGUUGCACGAGUUGCAGGAUGGAGCAUCCACCAGCCCCUCCUAUACGAAAGGUUUAACCUUCCCGAUGUUGCGAGAAUUUAUGAUAAUAUCAAGAGGUUGUUGGAUUACUGA